GAAAAGAAAGGAGAUGGCAUGAACUAAAGAAAUGAUAUAGCAAAAGGAGAAGGAGGAGGAAAGAAGUAAAUUAGAAAGUAGAGCUGAUAUGUUUAAAGCAGGGAGCGAAAGAGUGAAAAUAGAUGAAGGGGAAUUAGGAGAAAAGAUGUCAGCUGAGAUACAAAUAGUGCGAAUAGACUGAUAUUGGAAAGGAUACAGGAUAGAAUACCUGAACUGGGAGUUCUCUGCAGAAGGCCUCAGCAUUUGGGUGAACUUCGAAUCAUGACCUCCUACAUCAUCUCAGGCUCUCUGUAGCUGCCAGCUUUACCAUGGAGAAACUAUUGCCACUGACUGCAGGGGAAAGUGAGCCCAUUGUCCACUGUGGGGGACAUUCCCACAAGGACUGUUGUGAGCGGGUGGUGAUAAAUGUUUCUGGCCUACGAUUUGAGACCCAAGUAAAGACCUUGAGACAGUUCCCCGAUACUUUACUGGGUGAUCCUCUGCGCCGUUUGCAAUAUUACGACCCAUUGCGUAAUGAAUACUUCUUUGAUCGCAACCGGCCUUCCUUUGACUCUAUUCUGUAUUAUUACCAAUCUGGAGGACGGCUUCGAAGACCAAUCAAUGUCCCUCUUGAUGUUUUUUUGGAGGAACUCAAAUUCUAUCAGCUGGGUGAAGAAGCUCUGUCCAAAUUUCGUGAUGAUGAAGGAUUCAUCAAGGAAGAAGAGCAACCUAUGCCUGAGAGAGAGUUCUUCAAACAAGUGUGGCUGCUCUUUGAACAUCCAGAGAGCUCCCAAGCUGCCCGCAUCAUUGCAAUCAUUUCCGUUAUGGUCAUUCUUAUCUCCAUUGUGAUUUUUUGCCUGGAGACUUUACCUGAGUUUCGGGACGAGAGUGACGUGUCUUUGCCACUUGUCCAUCAUCAUUUGAAUAGCAGUGUGACGCACCCAAUGCCACCAAAGACUCAUUCUGAAGAUCCCUUCUUCAUUGUGGAAACCAUUUGCAUCUGUUGGUUCUCCUUUGAACUCCUGGUGCGAUUCAUAGCCUGCCCAAGUAAGCCAGCUUUCUUCAAGAAUAUCAUGAACAUGAUUGAUUUUAUAGCCAUCAUACCUUACUUUGUUGCCCUUGGUACAGAGUUUGCACGCCAGCGUGGGGUAAGCCAACCUGCCAUGUCCUUGGCUAUCCUCAGAGUCAUCCGGUUGGUGAGAGUCUUUAGAAUCUUCAAACUCUCCAGACACUCCAAAGGAUUGCAAAUCCUAGGCCAGACGCUUAAAGCCAGCAUGAGGGAGCUGGGCUUGCUCAUCUUCUUCCUCUUCAUUGGGGUCAUCUUGUUCUCCAGUGCUGUCUAUUUUGCAGAAGCUGAUUACGGACAGUCAAAUUUCUCCAGCAUCCCUUCUGCCUUCUGGUGGGCUGUGGUUACCAUGACGACUGUGGGAUAUGGUGACAUGUACCCUGAAACUAUUGGAGGCAAAAUUGUGGGGUCUCUUUGUGCCAUUGCUGGAGUACUCACCAUCUCGCUUCCAGUACCUGUCAUUGUCUCCAACUUCAGCUACUUUUAUCACCGAGAAACUGAUUGUGAGGAUCAAGGUCAAUACACCCACAUUACAACAUGCCCAUAUACCCCACCACCAUCCCCAGAACUUGCUGCCAUCCAAAGGAAAGUUCAUAGCCAUGAGAAAGCUCUACAUAGGGAGAAACAUGGGGAUAAAGAACUUAUUGUACCCAGUUCAGAAUUUCUAGAUGGUAUGGUGCUUACAGGCAAUUCAGAAGUGCCCAACAAACGUCUUGUGACCCAAGUGUGAUCAUCUCAUCCACCCAAGCAAUUCUUGCCUGCUAGAUGCCUUUCCUUACCUCACCUCAGCAUAUUGAACUUGAAAGUUCUGCAUAAUAAGGCCAUGAGCCAGAAGUCUGAUCUGUUGUUGUGCUUAAAAACUAGUAAUGGGUUCAAUGAUAUGCUUCACAUUAAUUUAGAGGGGAGGGUUUGGAAUGGGACUAAUUACAAUGAGCUGCCAAAGGAUCAGACUAUAUAGUAAGAAAAAUGAAUUAAAUUGCAAAGAGGCAGUUCAACAAACAUCUGUUCUGCCAUAUUGUUCUUUUGUAAGUUGGAGUUGCAAUCAGUCAUGAAAAAGGGUUUUCUUUCUGCUU